CCCCAGCACUAAAUGCAUGUCCACAUAUACCCCACGUUCGGCAACCACCGUUUCCCGGUCGAGAUAUUCGACGAAUAAAGCCUCGACCAGCAGACCAUAACAUACAGAGCAGCCUGAAGCUUGACACUCAACCACUCGUAUCCUCAAUCACACGGUCACAUACUAGCCCUCAGUGACCGAGAGCAUGGCUCGAGACAACUACAUCUUCGAAAACCACGCGGCCAUUCCAUCUGGGCUGGGCGACGAGCUGUCUGCAUUUUUCCGAUCGUGGGAUGAUCCACACUCAACCCUUGACUACUUGAAUCUUUUCGCGCCGGAUGGGGAACUUGUUUUCGGCCCGGCUGUUGCUAAAGGUCGAGAUGCAAUCCGAGCAUUGAGAGAAGGCAUGGUUCAUCCGACGAACGGCCCUGUCGUGGAUUUAGAGCAUACAUUGGGGAAGUGCUUCGUGCUCGCGGGUGGUGCUGAACAAGGAAGACAAGAGUUCAUUGUGAAUGGCUCAAUCUGGUAUAAGUUGAAGAAUGGGCGAAAGGUGGAUGCGGAUUUUGCCAGUUACAUGGUUUUCCAAGAGGGAAAGGCGAAGCCAGAAGCGACAUUCUAUCAGGUUUACCUGGACUCACAUGAGUUGAUGACGGCGAUUACAGCGAUGAAUGAAGGGAAUUGAGCAGUGUACGCAGCGAAAACCCUUCUGAGUCAGAGCCUUGGUCGGGGAAUAUAUAUUUGUGCAUGCUAACCAAGGAAAUGCUCUCGCCCUCGUUGCAAGGCUGAACGUGGAAUACCACAGCUCAUCUGUACCGAUAAAGCCUAGCAAAUACAGAUGCAAUGGUAAAGCCUCCAUACUUGGUGAAUGAUAUAUAGACACUUCUCCC